UGGACCUGGACCGUGCUGGACCUGCGGAGAGGAUGAAGCGAACAACUUUCCUGUUGGUGUUUGGGCUCGCCCUGAUCGGCUGCCAGGCUCAGGUAUCACACUCCCACAUGUCAUGAAUUACUUCCACCAAAUCCUGAAGCGAGUGUCUGUCCGUCUGUUCCAGUCGGACCCGGGCGCCGAGGAGACGGGCGGCGAGGAAGAACACGUGGAGCUCUUCACCACGCCCGCCACCAAGAUGGCCGCCGCCACCUCCGACUUCGGCUACAACCUGUUCCGCGCUCUGGCGAGCCGCGAAACCGGCGCCAACGUCUUCCUGUCCCCGAUCAGCGUGUCCGCCGUGCUGACGCAGCUCGCUCUGGGUGGUUCUGAGAGUGCUCAGGGUCAGCUGUUCAGGGCUCUGAGGUACCACACCCUGCAGGACCCUCAGCUCCACAACACCCUGAAGGAGCUGCUGCUGUCGGUGAAGGCGCCGGGGAAAGGCCUGAGCACUGCCGCACGCCUCUACCUGGCCCGCCGACUUCGUCUGAAGCAGGACUUCUUCGGGCUGGUGGAGCAGCAGUAUGGCGUUCGUCCCAAGGCGCUGCAGGGAGGAACCAAAGACCAGACCGACAUCAACGACUGGGUGUCUCAGCAGACCGGCGGGAAGGUUCAGCAGUUCCAGACCAAGGCGUUCCCCCGGACCCCCGGGGUCAACACCGUGAGCGCCGCCUACUUCAAAGGCCAGUGGGUGACCCGCUUCAGCCAGGGCGGAGCCAUGAACAGCUUCCAGCUGGAGGGCGGGGCUUCUGUCCGCGUUCCCAUGAUGCAACAGGAUAACUACCCCAUGAAGAUGGGGGUCGACUCAGAUCUGAGCUGCACGAUCGCUCAGAUCCAGAUGCAGAACGACGUCAGCAUGUUUAUCUUCCUGCCCGACGCCGUGACGACCAACACGACGCUGCUGGAGGAGAGUCUGACGGCCGAGUUCGUGCAGGACCUGUCCAUGACGCUGCUGCCGGCUCAGGUGUCGCUCACGCUGCCCAUCCUGAAGCUCAGCUACGCCACCGACCUGCUGCCGCUGCUCAGCGACCUCGGACUCUCUGAGUGGCUGGCGAGCACGGAGCUGGAGAAGAUCUCGACUCCGCCCCCCAAACUCAACACGGUCAGCCACAAGGUUGCUAUGGAGACGGCGCCCGAGGGGAGCCAAUACGCCGGCGCCGCCACGUCCCACCUGACCUACAGAGUGGACCGGCCCUUCCUCUACCUGAUCAGAGACGAGGCGUCGGGGGCGCUGCUCUUCAUCGGCCGCGUGGUCAACCCCAAAACCCUGUCCAUAUAACACACACACACACACACACACACACACACACACACACACACUCUUAGCAGGUCCUAGGAGGGAUUUCAGGUGUUGCUUUGCGUCUCUGGUGGCAGGUAUUUGCGAGAAUAUUUGAUCUGUUUUUAAACGGUUGGGGAUUAAAACGUGUUAUUGGGAUCAUGUUAAUCUGACAAACACACUGACAAUAAUCUGAGCUCACCACAGCAUUGCUUUUGUUUAAGAUAUCAAAUAUUGUCCUUUGUGUUUGAAGAAAUAAACGACAAUGAAACAGAACUU